AUGACAAAUCAAGAUGCAUUAUAUAUGUCAACUGUUUUGUUAAAUGGUAAAAUAAUUCAAUACAUAGCCUACAGAAUUAAGAAAGUGUGGUUAAAGGCUGUGGAUUGGGCACUCAGGGGCCGGCGGCACCCGGGUAAGGUGGAAGCUCCUUUGGGCGGUGGGGGAAGUCACCCGCUGGGGUCUCGGGCUGUGGGAGGGCGCGGCUGCGCCGCAGGUGGCCGGUGGCAGCGGGUGCCGAGAGGCCUGGCUGGGGCGCGGAGGGCUAGUGUGGGUGAGGCCGGGGGACCUGAGAGCCACUGGUGCGCGCGGGCCCGGCCUUACGCGGGUGGGCGGGGCCCGGGACGCCGCUCAAGUUUGGGAGGCAGAGACGGGAGUCGAGGGAGUUGUCUGGCCGGAGGGGGGUCUGCUGGAGAGACUGGCAUGUCUGCCCCUCUCUGUAGCCUUAACCCCGUGGCGGCCGCGGCGGCUGGAGAAGUGUGUGCGGACCAGCGGUCUCUCAGCGGCCGGGGCGUGGCGGGCGGCGGGGCGCGGCGCAGUCCCGCGGGCGGGGAUCGUGGGGCGCGCGGAGCCCCGCGCCGCGGCAUGGAAGGCUUUCUGCGGUAG